UCUGGUUUUCAUGAGUAACUGUCUCACCAAUGAGCGUUCCUACUGUUUGCAACGAAGGGAUGAGAGUCUGUCGAGGCCCAAUCAGCGGGUCAGUGCCGCCUGCCGGUGCCGGGGACUGGUGGUGAAAAUCCGCUGCAGCGCGUCAGGGGGACCGAACCGUGAACCCGGAGACGGUACACACCGAGCGAAACGACACACAGGAUGGAGCGGAUGUCUGAUGAUACACUGAGGCUCAACCUGUUAAAGCGAGGUCUGGAGUCAUCCAGUGAGAGGGAGGAGGCUCUGUCAAAGCGCCUAAAAAUGGAGGGUCACGAGGCCAUGGAGCGCCUGAAGAUGCUUGCUCUUCUCAAACGCAAGGACUUAGCUGAUCUGGCUGCCCUAGAGGUUCCAGGGACGCUUGGAGAUGGAAAAGGCCCCAGUGCCAGCUCCAUCCACCACCAGAGUCUAAUGGGUGCGGCAUAUGAAGAGAAGCUGAAUGGAAGUUUAAGGCUUGGCAGCCACAGUGUUCAUGUCGGUCAAAGUAAGAAUGGAAAGGAAAACAUUAUGGAUGAGCCAGUGGAUAUGAGUGCUGGAAGAAGAUGUGAGGUUGAUCGUGACAGACAAACUCCUUCUCCAGAUGUCAUCAUACUUUCAGACAAUGAGGCGUCCAGUCCCAGGACAACACCUCGACCCGAAGAGCGCAUGCACCAGGCUAACUUGGAGAUUUUUAAGGGAAAAACGGGAGAGGAGCGACAGCAGAUGAUCAAAGCUCUGAGGGAAGAGCUGCGCCUGGAAGAAGCCCGUCUCGUCUUGCUCAAGAAGCUUAGACAAAGCCAGAUGCAGAAGGAGAACGUUGUGCAAAAGGUCCCAGCGGUCCAGAGCUCUGCGUCCUCUAUUCAGCCUCCUCCCAUUCACAGCUCUUCAGGUAUCGGAAAGUUGCCUGUGAGGCCAGGCUUGCACAACACUGAGCCUCAAAAUCUCCGAACUGCACAGGGUCAUACAGUCAUUCGUUCAGCCAAUACCAGCCUGCCUCCAAUGCUUAUGUCCCAACGAGUGAUAGCCCCCAGUCCAUCCCAACUACAGGGCCAGAGGGUGUCCUCCAAAACUGGGAUGCCACGAUCCAGCUCAUCCAGCAUGACCAGUGCGGUAAACUAUCAGCAGGGACGCAAGGAACUGGCAGAAGAUGAACGAAGAGACAUGAGACGCAUGACAGCAGAACAGACUGGUAUGACACGACGAGGACUCGACAAGAGACGAAGACAACAGGCCAGCCAGCAGGUGGCAGCUUCCCAGCGCUCCAGCUCUAGUGCCAUGUACAUGAACCUGGCCCACAUGCAGGCAGCAGCAGCAGUAGGGGCCAGUGGUGUGACAGGUGGUCUUGCUGGAGCUUCAGCAGUCAGCCCAUCCACCAUGUCUGGCUCAGCCAGUGGAGCAGUUAGCUCCAUGGCUGACCAGGCCAGCAGUCAGGCAGCUGCCAAGCUGGCUCUACGGAAGCAGCUGGAAAAAACCUUGCUGGAGAUCCCUCCACCCAAACCCCCAGCCCCACUGCUCCAUUUCCUCCCCUCUGCAGCUAACAGUGAGUUUAUCUACAUGGUGGGCUUGGAGGAAGUGGUACAGAGUGUCCUUGACAGUCAGGGUAAAUUCAGGGGGUCUUUGGCCCGUAUGGAGCCUUUCUUCUGUGCCCAGUGCAGAACAGACUUCACACCCCACUGGAAGCAAGAGAAGAGUGGCAGAAUCCUCUGUGAGCAGUGCAUGACAUCCAAUCAGAAGAAGGCUCUGAAAGCGGAACAUACCAACAGACUGAAAAAUGCUUUUGUGAAGGCUCUUCAGCAGGAACAGGAGAUUGAACAAAGGCUACAGCAGCAGGCAGCUCUCUCUCCCAGCUCCGCUGCUACUGGCUCCAACGUCUCCAAGACUGACACGAUGAUCCGACAGCAUGCCCUGCGCCAGGCUCAGCAGCCUCAGGCUUCUCUGCAGCGAGGUUUGUCUAACUCUGCAAGAGGCGUCCUUUCCAACUUUGCUCAGGCUUCUCAGCUGUCUGUGGCCAGCAGCCUUAUGGGAAUGAGCAGUGCUAAGCACUGUGGUAGUGGUGGGAGUAGUAACAGACUGCAGCACGACAGCCGCCGUCAAAUCUACAAUAUCCCAGGGUUAAAUAUUGCCUACCUGAACCCUGCAGCUGUUGGAGCCCAUAAGACUUCCAGCUUAGCAGACCGGCAGAGAGAGUACCUGUUGGACAUGAUCCCACCUCGAUCCAUAUCGCAGUCCAUCACUGGGCAAAAAUGAGCCCCAUUAAUUUCUCAUGUGUGUCAGAGGCCAGCCUCGUUUGAUAACUUCCCCCAUUCUGAGGCACUCCCAGAUCAGCUGAUAUGUCCACCCCACAGUUUCAUCGCAUGCAGUGCCUGUCCGUGUGCCUACCUUAGACCAACCCAUGAGAACCUACCAAGCUGAACAAAACACAAGCUGUCAGUGCAUCUCAGUUGUUCUUAUUAUAGCAGAAAUUCACUUUUUCUGUAAUUCCCUUUAUAAUCACUGGUGGUAGCGCCUAUACUUGCAACUGCCAUUUAAGCUUAAGUUAGUGUUAUCCAUUGUUAUAAUUUUCUUUUGAAGUGUUUGUCUGAUAUUUCUAUUUCUCCACUGUUUACCAUUUACUUCAAGACACCCAGUCAUUGUCAAUUUAGUGAGAUCAUUUGAAAAUAUUCUUUUGUUUCUCACUUCCAAAGCUAUUAUGACUAUUGAUGAGAAUAGAAGAUCAGCAGGGUUCACUCUGGUUGCUAUGCAACAUAGUUACUCUAAAGUUUGUAAACAUGAUUUGUUUGUUAAGUAGUAUUUAAAGAAAGUGAAAAAUUCUAUUAGGAACAAAAACUGAUCAUAUUAGGCAGCAUUUGGUCCUGAAAAACGAUGCUGUUUUAAAGAAUUGAACAGAGCAGAGUGUUUACCAUGGAUCAUCUCAGUGACCAGCUUCAAAGACGUCAUCAGUCAUCACAGCGAUCCACUCCCAGAACUGAUUUCAGCCUGGGGUUCAGGGCAACACCUGGAUAUCUUGGAGAAGGACCCCUAACCAACUUCAGUACCCACCAACUGAAAAAGAAAAUUAUGUACAAAAGAGAAUCGUGUGGAAACCCUCUCCACCAUUCUUCAGUCAGGGGUUUCCUUUGCUUUAUUUAGGAUGCCAGUCUUCUGCUGGUCUGUACCACAUCUAUAUGUGUUGUAGGACAUUCUGUUACUAGCACCAUGAGAUGAAGCAGGUGGUGAACGAGAAGCAUGAACUGGCUGACUGUUGAGAAGCCAGUUCACAUCGUUAGUCCUCACCUGCCAUGCAGCUGUCCUUCAUACUUUUACCUCUUCAUUAUUCACAUAGUGAACUCUUUUUAUCCCAGCAGUUCCAUUAGAGCGUGUACAAAACAUACGACUUCAGUCUACAUCCAGAUCACAGAUUAUGUAUCUAAAAUACCCAAAUCUGGGUUCUGGUUCCAGUCUGUGUUCUUACUUUUGUAAUUCCUGCAUCAUUUCUUUCCCAUUCUUUAUAUUUGUUUCUUUUUUUGUGCAGCGUCUCCAAAUGAUUUGGUGGCCUACCUGAGAGGUGUCGGCCACUGGAGACGAUAAUAAUCUAAGACAUUAAUUGUUGAAAAAUCUAUGGAUUGUGUAUAGAUACCUAGCUUCAAAGAAUAAACGGUGUGGAUGUUUUACGGGAGAGACACGGAUCAAUCAAUGUGUGCACAUUGUGCUCACAAGUUGCCUCACUCAAGAGGAGCACUUUUCAUAUUUCCAAAUGGAAAUUUUGUUUGUUUUCUGGCAAAGAGGAAAUGAAUGUUGGAUUGAAAGUGCAUAUGCAUUGUUUAUUGCUGAUUAAAUGUUUAGACCCCUGAAAACAUACCAUCCUAACUACAGUAUUCUGUCAAUCUUUGAAACACCAACUAGUUUAAAGUGUACCCAGUUUGACUUUUUACUGUAAUGUUUAAUUUUCAAUGCCAUGUUAACAAAUAUUAGUAUCAGAUUCUUUUCACUGAUGGAGCCUUCCUCUCACUCGUACCUUUCUUUAAAAGAAAAGUAUGACCUUAACUUUCCCUACACCUGAAAAAUGAUAUCCUGGACACUUUUCUCUGCUUUGAUAGACAAUCUGGAUUCUUCUGUGAUAUCCUGAGUGAGCAGGAUACGGGCUCUGCUGGCAGUUCAAGGUUUGACCUUUUGAUUUUCAUGUUCUUGGCAUUGUAAAAGUCUCCAGCAUGAAGGUGCAGUGCUUUGUGUUUUCUGUGAUGGAUGGUCUUGUUGUAAGGGACCCUCUAUGUCACACCUUCAUUGUGUUGAUGCCAGGUCCCAGUGGUUUCUGGACCUCUUGUCUGAGGAGGAAAACUUCUGUGAUAAGCUGCUUUGCCAGCUCAUAAGAGGAAAUGAAGUUUGCGAGAUUUCUCAUCUCUGGAGCUUUUUGCAUUCUUUUAUUUGUUCCUGUACACAUUUCGAUAAAGAUUUUACUUUUUGCACAGUAAUUCUUUUUUCUUGAAAGUGUCCAUGUUGUUUUCUUCAUUCUGACUGUGGUUAUAUUUGCACACUUCUUUGUUUGCAGGGUCUUUAGUUUCAUUUUGAACAGGAGUUGGUGCAUGAUCCAUAUUCACAUUUUGUUGGCUGGAGCAGGACUUGAAGAACUCUCACAUAUAAAAUGUUAGUUGCACAGGUCCUUGCAUCUACAUGGACUCUGAGACCAUAAACUGCAUGGUAGACUGCCAGGCCGCCUGACUGAAGCUGUCUUAACCAUUGUGCUUAGUUAGUUUGCAAUAACUCAGGUAUUUCAAACAGCGUUCACUCAGUGUUCAGUAUUAUUCAUGGAUAUUGUUACCCUUGAUGCAGGGACUUCUAAGGUGAUUUUGAGGGGGUGUCGAUUCAGUUCACACUGGGGUUGUCACAAUGCUAAACUUUCAUACAGAUGUUAAGAAAUACUCAAUAUAGAGGCAACAUUUCUUUAAAAAUAAAAGGCUUCUUUCUAGUUGAAAGCAAAAAUGCAAAAAGCUAAAAUUACAAUAUGAUUUGAUUACAUUUUUUGCUUCCAUAGUUUGGGCAUAACCAAUAAGUAUUGAACAAUUUUGCUUUUGGACAAAUAUAAAGGGGUCAAUUUAUAUCAAUUUUGACACAAAUCAUUAUCUUUGAAUAAUUUUUUCCUAGUAUCGAUUAUAUUGAGAUAUUUAUUAUUUUGACAACCCUCACAGUACUCUGCACUGAAAUAUUUCCUACACCACAUUUUAUGAUCUUCAGUCAUCUCAGAAAUCUGUCUCACCUAAAUGAAAGCAAAAUCACAUGGAAUAUUUUUAAACCCAUCUCUGUAUCUAGAUAGGUACACGUGCUUUUAAUGUAUAAUAUUGUGCCACAUGAGAAUCAAAUGUCUUUCAUGUUCUGAACAAAAUCAGUUCUUCUAAACAGAUUUUUCUUGUUUCUUUUAACUGUAGGUAUGAUUCCAUUACAUUUUAUUUAUUCACCUUCACUUAUUAUUAUUUAUUUGCCUGGAAACGCUUUGCUUGAAUUUGUUUGGGGCCACUUCAAAAAAAUCAUCCAUGGUGCUCUACACAGUCAGUACAGAGUACAUUAUAGUGAAACUACAGUUGAUUAAAUGAAAUGAAAUCAUCCCAGUUGACUUCACCAUUAAUUUACAAAUUAAUCAAUUCAUAUCCAAAUAUAGUAAAUUCAAGUCAUUUCAAAUUCAGGUCAGUUCAGUGCAUUUCAUUGCAAGACAUUCAUAUACUAAGGUUUGAACUCAGUUUUACGAUUUCCUAUGCAUUUAACAGAAAUGUAUCACAAGAUAUCAGUGAAAAGUUGUAGGAAGCCCAAUCAAUGGCAUCAAGUCAUUGACAUUGCAGCAACCUUGAGCUACAAUGUGACCACAAUAAAAAUGAAAUAUUCCCUUUGAAAUUGGUUUUAAAAAAUGCAACUUUGUUUAGUGUGAGUGGCAGCCAUCAAGGACUGACCAGGAGUUAAAGGUCAGGAAACGGGCACUGAAAACAGCUUUUCUAAUAAUAGAAACUUGUUGUAUUUCAGCAUAGACCUAGUUUUUCUGGACCACUUUGGACAUUUAAAAUUUUGUAAUAUUUGUAAAAUUAUCUUACAGUCUUACUACAAAUUACUGUAGUGUAUUUGUAGUAAAGAGCACAAAAACAUGUGGUACUCCUAAACUUAACUUUUUGCGUAUGUUAAUUUUUGUUUUUACAUGAACAAACUGAAUUCUGUUGGACAAAUAUCAACUAACCAACACAUUUUUCAAUUGGGCCUGAUUAGAAUCCCAGCCAUCCAUAAUUGUAUUUAAAGGCACCGUUUUUUGUUGUUGUUUUGUUUCAUUUAUAAGGUAAUUUCAUUAAAAUACUCUUAGUAUCUUCAUUUUCGUGAUUCAGAUCAGUUUUUCAUGUUUUAACUAGUCCCAAUAAUUUAUGACGGCAUAUGACAGUGAAUGAUGUUACUUUUGUCAACAACUGAUGCUGUUUUUAUAUUUAGCUCGGUUCUCUCCUCUCAUGCUCUGGGUCUGUCUGUUCAUCAAGCACAGCUUUUUGAAAGCAUCCUCACUCCAUCAGAUAGUUAUUCUGGGUGGCUAUGCCUGACUGACAUGUUCUCUUUUCAGUACAUGUGAUUUAAAUUUGUAUUAUCUUCCACAGGUAAGAUAUUCUCUAUCCUUGCCUCUUAAGAGUGACACUUCAAACAAAUCUAACUUUUAGCUGUAUACUUUGAACUGAUUGCAGUGAGCCUUACACUCACUGCAAUUGUUAUAAAAGACCAUUGUCCUGUGUUCUUUUAUAACAAACUGACCAAACGUCAGUAACAUUCAGCUUAUCAAAACAUUUCUCCAAUAAUACAAUAAUUCUAGGCUCUACAACCUCAUAAAUGUUUCAGUUGGAUAUCAACUUCAUGCAUCUCAUAAAUUAAAGUUGUGUGUCUUUUGUGUGCGUUUUUUAAAUUGUUUCCGCUCUUUGAAGCUUUUUGUAUGGCAGUAACUGCACCAGGCACAUUGUAUUAGAAAUCCUUCGUUUAUUUUUCAAGUAGACAUCCACAUGAAUACAAGAUGGUUGUGUUGUAGUAACUCAGUCCUGCCAGUGUCUGCACCACAUUUAUACUGAAAUAUAAGCAUUAGGUCUAUAAUCUGCUUAAUUGCUUUUUUGGUUUUCUAUUUAAGUUGUCAUUGACUUAAGUUUUAUAAAACAUUAUCUCUUAUCCCGUUAUAGGAACAGUUUAACUUGUAUGUAGCAAUGUUAUAUACAUUUCUUGCUAUCUGCACCAAGCUUGGACAACACUAAAGAAUGUGACACAGUUUGUGUUGUAGUUCUACUGCCAAGUGUAAAGUUGAAUUUGAGAAAGAACCGAACCCUCCUGUGUCUCAUACCUUUCUGCAGAUGCAGCCAUGUACUUUUAUGUUUGGGCAACUUUUUUCAGCUACAUGUAUUUAGAUUUCUGAAAUCAUUUUAUUCUGAUGUCUUGACGAAGUUCAGUUUUCUGUUUUAUUGCAGUUUUAAAAAAACAAAUGUAUUGACUAUUGAAAUAAAUGACACAAUAUUUGCUAGGUUUGAAGUAAUAACUUAUUGUACAGAAGCAUUUUUCCUCCCUUGUACUGAAAAAUAAAUUAAAUGGGUGUACAUUGUGUAGAAAAGCAAACAAAAAGCCAUGAAUAUUGUGAAGCUUGUCAUUUUGUUUUGUGAUCACUGUGUAUUAUUGUGUAACAAAUGUGCAAAACGUUAGGGAUUCCAUUUAACCCUCUCCACUCCCCCAUCCCCAUCCAACCAACGCCAUGUGGUCUUGCUAGAUGCAAUUGCUUAAUUUUUUUUUAUUUUUUUUGACUAAAGUUUGCAGUAAAGUGUUUACUGAUUCAGGUGAACAACAUUUGCAGUCAAUGACUGAGCUUUUGAAGCAUUUAAACUUGAUGUGUAAAUUAAGGUGGGAAUGGAAGUUUUUUUAAUUCAAUUGCUAUUCUUGUUUGAACAUGGUGUAAAGGAGCACUUAUAUAUAUGUUACAGUAGCUUAUAAUUUGUGAAAGUCCAACCUACUCAGACAAGAUGUGUUCAUGCUAAAUGAUGGUGACCUGAUCAUUCUGAAUCAGUGAUCACUUUUUUUGCCAAUACCAGCAUCCAAUAGAUGUGUUCCUGCACUCUUUGACUUUCUUGUAUUGGUUAUUGUUGCUUAUGCUGGAAAAAUACACACCGCAGAAUCCAGUUCAUCAAAUAAUUUUAUUUGCAUUGUGAUGAUAAUGUUGAAACAGAUGUUGAAAUCAACCAGAGACAAACUGAAGACAUUUUUGUUUUGCUUACAUCAAUCCUGACCUUUUGCACAUACUUGAUAUUUAACUAUCUUCAAAGGUAAAAAAAAAAAAAAAUGCUGUUUGAAUACUGCCAGUUGAUUGACAAUUAUGCAUUGAUUGAAAAAAUAAGCUAAUUUUGGAGGAAUUAACUUUGUAAUAUUUAUCUCUUGCAAGCUAUGUUUAAUAAAGGUUGAAACAAUUUGC